AUGCCGUUCAGUCUCGCCAUCAUCGGUGCAGGUCCCGCAGGUCUCACGCUUGCCCGCCUACUCCAGGUUGCCUCCGUCGACAUCUCCAUCACCAUCUUCGAAAAGGACGCAAGUCCCACAUCUCGAUCCUUCCAGGGUGGCUCGCUCGACUUACACACGGACACCGGUCUUGCUGCCCUGAGAAAGGCUGGGUUAUGGGAGGAGGCGCUCAAACACCUCCGCUACGAUGGUGAGGAACUAUUCAUCGCCGACAAGAACGAUACGGUUAUCAUCCACCUCAAGAAUCAACCCAAAGUCAAGGCUGGAAAGUCGCAAUUGGACUAUGAGAGACCUGAAAUAGAUCGAGAGAUCUUGAAGGAAAUGCUAUUGGAGAGUGUUGAGAGCGACUGGGUGAAAUGGGGCAAGACGCUGCAGUCGGUUGACCCUGAGACCGGCACCCUGAGCUUUCGCGAUGGCUCGACCGCCGGGCCGUAUGAUCUGGUCGUCGGCGCCGAUGGGGCGUGGUCUAAGGUUCGAAACGUCUUGACAGACGUGAGGCCACGCUAUUCGGGCAUCUGUGGCUUCGAAAGCCGUAUCUUAAAACCGAAUGAGGAACACCCAAAGCUGUCCAAGAUGGUUGGCAGGGGCAGCUAUUUUUCCUACUCCGACGGAAGGUCUUUAACUGCGCAGAGAAUGGGUGACGAGUCCAUCAGGAUCGGGACUUGGGUUAAAAAGGAAGACAGAGAGAGCUGGGCGACCGAUACAAUGAGUGCUUAUGGUGACAACGAGGAAAAACUGAAGGACAAAAUCCUGGAAAAUUACCACGACUGGACACGCCAACAGAAAGAACUGAUCCGCGCCAGCUCCAGAUUCCGUGCUUCGGCGCUCUACGAGUUACCUGUCGGACAUACCUGGGAUCACAAGAAGGGAUAUACGCUGAUUGGAGACGCUGCAAGUCUGAUGACUCCGUUUGCUGGCGAAGGGGUGAACAAGGCAAUGAAAGAUUCGCUCGAGCUGGCCGAAGCACUUGAGAAAGCGCUGAAGGAUCAGAGCAACGUGGAUGAAGUGGUGCGCCAGUACGAAGAGAACAUGUUCCCCCGGGCAGAGAGAUAUCAGAGAAAGACGAUGUCGAAUAAGCAGGGCAUGUUCAGUACGGAAGGACCCGUGGCGUUUCUGGUGGCCAUGAUUGAUGGGGCCGCCGAGGAAAUGGGCAAGGAUCUCACCAAGGGGUGGCUGGCCUGGAUCCCGUUCAAGACGAUGAUGUACUCCUAUGUUGUGUCCAUACAGACAUUUGGAGCUUGGAGGAGGAAGGUGAGAGAAUGGUUUUCGAGGGAAUGA